AUGGUUGGAGAAAAGAAAGGCUCUAAGGAGAAUCUAAAUACAUGUGAAUGUUCAAAAACUCUUAGAAGAAAGGAGGAGCGCAUACAGAACGGGCCAAUCCAUCAGGAAACAGUGCAAGGCAAGAUGGAGGGCAUAACCAAAACGAAUUUCUUCAAAAGAUUGGUUCUGUCGAUAGUUAUGAUUUCAGGUUUCUUCUGGAUUUGUGUAAACAAUAAGAUAUAUUCUUUUGUCCUGGUGAUCUUCCUGACUAUAUCAAUCAUAAAAGAGAUGAUAGGAAUCACAAGAAAGUCUGAUGGAAGGUCCUUUCACCUAAGAAUUUCAAUCAUUCUUGGGUUUUCCGUGCCGAUAUACCUGUAUCUGGUUUUUCCCUCGAUAAUGAUGAUGUAUUUUUCUGAGAUUUUAAGGUGUUUCUUCCGAAGACUAUCCUUCAUGUGUUUCUACACCUAUGUGGUUGCAUUUAUGUCUUUCGUUGGCUCUCUUAGAAAGGGGAAGCUCAGGUCACAGCUGGGACUAUUCGCCCUAGUUAACUUAUCUACAUACUCUAUGGCAAUGGUGGCUAAAUGUGCUAUUUUCAAUCUCAACAAGGGAAGAUUCUGGUUUGUGUUUCCUGCUCUGCUUGUGAUAUCGAACGACAUCUCGGCAUAUGUUGUGGGAAAAAGCAUAGGAAAGAGACCUUUGUACCACCUAAGCCCAAAGAAGACGCUCGAGGGAUUUAUAGGAGCAUUUAUCUUCACAGCAAUUGUAGGAUUUAUAUUGGGAUACUUACAUGUGAACCAAGGAUUCCUUAGAGAUGGUGAGCCUCUCCAAUUCCGUAAGCCAAUGAAGUUAAAGGCUUUUAACACUGUUUUUAAGGUGCCGGCCAUAUAUUUCCACAUCAUUCCAUUUAUUCUUGUAGCGUCUUUUGUGGCUCCUUUCAGUGGCUUUCUUGCAAGUGCAUUGAAGAGGGCCUACAAGAAAAAGGACUUUGGAGAGUCUAUUUCUGGCCAUGGGGGGAUAGCGGAUAGGAUGGACUGCCAGGUAAUAAUUGCAAUUUUCACGUCUACGUACAUAAAUUCAUUCAUCUACACAGAAGACAAAUCUGUUGGGUCUGUCUUUAGCUUCAUAUGCAGGAAUUUCAGCCCAGAUGAAAUAACAAUUCUCAUUGAGAUGCUGAACCGAAGAAUAUCGAGUAUAAGAAAUAAAUGA